AUGCGUUUCUUUAUCCUCGUCGCCCUCGCCAGCACUGCCCUUGCGGCCGCCCUGCCCGAGCCCCAAACGUGCAACCCCAACUUCAACUGUUGCACCUAUACGGAGACAGCCUGCAACAACCGCGGCGACGCCUGUACAGCAACCUGCAAUGGCCAAAAGCGCAGCGGCUCCUGCAAUGACUUGGGCAGCGGAUCAUUGUCAUGCGACACACCUUAG